UUUGACAUCAUAUCUACGUCGCUAUGUGAGCAGUGUUGCUUCUAGCUUCGGUUUAACAAUAACUGAGUGUUAUCUAGACGUUUUAACUAAGAUUUGUCUGGCACGUUUGAAGAUGGUUUGCGAGAAGUGCGAGAAGAAGCUGGGGCGCGUCAUCACGCCUGAUACCUGGAAAGAUGGGGCUAGAAACACAACAGAGAGUGGUGGUCGAAAGCUUAAUGAAAAUAAAAUGCUGACAUCAAAAAAAGCCAGGUUUGAUCCUUAUGGGAAAUCUGGAUUUUCCACAUGCAGGAUAUGCAAAAGCUCUGUCCAUCAGUCUGGUUCACAUUACUGUCAGGGGUGUGCUUACAAAAAAGGAAUUUGUGCCAUGUGUGGAAAGAAGGUUCUUGACACCAAGAACUACAAACAGACUUCAGUUUGAUUUAUUAUUAAUGGGUUGAUGGAGAUUCAUCUGUAGCUGAGAGGGGGAUGUUUGUGGAUAUCUGUGCUGACUCUUCCAAGUGUUGAGAAUGAUCACUCGAGUCCACAAAAGAGUUUAGUUUGCUGCACUUUGUGGUGCAAAAGGAGUGCACUAGUAUUUGUAUCAAAUAUAUCAGUGGUAUUUUUCUCUCACUAAACAACCUUAGAGCAAUAUAUUGGCUUGUACUGUUUGGACAAUGUAGAUGCCUUUGAGUACAUUUGCUAGGGAACAUGUUUUAAAAAUGUUCUAAUUUAUUUGGAAACUCUUUUUGUUUUUUUAAGUGAAUAAUUUAUCAUUUUUUAAUCCUACCAAACAUGACAGUGAUAAGGUUAUUUAAUCAAAAUAAGUUCUCUUCAUGGCAAUUUAUUGCCCUAUUUGACUUAUUUAGCCAUUGGAUCUUACCAGAGUUUAGACUUUGACUUUUAAAUGUUACCUCUUCCCGCAAUUAAAAAAAUAUCAAUCUUGUUUGAAGUUAUAUUUCCUCUUCUGUUUUCAAGGCAUUGUCACUAUUACAAAAUCUAACGUAAAUAUGAAACAAAUAGACACUGACAUACCAAUAUAAGACAGCUACAA